AUGAAUCAUCAAUUGGAACCUCAGCUUCAUCAGCAAUUGAAAGCUCAGCUUCGGUUUCAUCAACUUCAUCAUCAUCAUCAAUUGAAAUCUCACUCAGAUGCAUCAUCGGCUUCUUCUUUGGCUUCAUCAUCUUCAUCCUCAAUUGAAAGUUCGAUUUCAACUCCAGAAUCAUCAGCAUCAGUUGUAAGCUCAGCUGCAUCAUCAUCAAUUGAAAGCUCAGCUGCAUCAUCAUCAAUCGAAACCCCAUCUGCAUCAUCAUCAGUUGGAGCCUCGUCAUCCAUUGAAACCCCAGCUGCCUCAUCAUCCUCAAUAGAAAGCUCAGUUGAUUCUUCAUCAUCAACUUCAGUUUCUUCAUCCAUUGAAAGCUCAAUUUCAACUUCAGAAUCAUCAUCGUCAGAAUCAUCAGCAUCAGUGGAAAGCUCAGCUGCAUCAUCAUCCAUCGAAAGCUCAGCUCCAUCAUCAAUCGAUAACCCAUCUACAUCAUCAUCAAUUGGGGCCUCGUCAUCCAUAGAAAACUCAGCUGAAUCAUCAUCCUCAAUUGAAAAAUCAGCUUCAUCAGCUUCAUCAUUAAUCGAAACAUCGGCAUCAUCAUCAAUUGAAACCCCAGCUGUAUCAUCUUCAGAUUCAUCAUCAAUUGAAGCACCACCUGUAACAUCAUCAUCAGAUUCAUCAUCAUCAAUUGAAACCCCUGCCUCAUCACCAGUUGAAAUAUCAGCCACAUCAUCGUCAAUUGAAACUCCAGCUGUAUCAUCAUCUUCAAUAUCAUCAUCAAUUGAAAAAUCAGCUUCAUCAGCUUCAUCAGCCCCAUCAUCAGAUUUAUCAUCAUCAGCUUCAUCAUUAAUCGAAGCAUCAACCUCGUUGUCAAUUGAGGCACCAGCAAUAUCAUCGUCAAUUGAAACCUCAGCUUCAUCAUCAUCAAUUGAAACUACACCUACAUCAUCAUCAGUUGAAACCUCAUCAUCAACUGAACCCCCAGCUGCAUCAUCAUUAUCUUCAAUUGAGUCAUCUUCAUCAGCUGAAUCCUCAGAUGAGUCAUCUAUUGAAAUCUCAGCCCCUUCAACUUCAUCAAUUGAAUCUUCAGCCUCAUCGAUCGAAAUUCCUGCAUCAUCAUCUUCCUCUAUAGAAAACUCAGCAGCUUCAUCAAUUGAAAUCCCAGCUGAGUCAUCGUCCUCAACAAUCGAAGCAUCAUCAGCUUCAUUAUCAAUCGAAAACUCAGCAGUAUCAUCAUCUUCAUCAUCAAUUGAAACAUCAGUCUCAUCUUCAUCAAUAGAAACCCUAGCUGAGUCCUCGUCAAUCGAAACCCCUGCUACAUCAUCAUCAAUUGAAAACUCAGCUGAAUCCUCAUCAAUUGAGGCAAUAGCUUCAUCUUCCUCAUCAUCAAUUGAAACCACAACCUCAUCUUCAUCAAUCGAAACCUCUGCAUCAUCAGCUUUAUCAUCAAUUGAAACUUCGGCUUCAUCAUCUAACGAAAUUCCUGCAACAUCCUCAAUAGAAAACUUAGUUACAUCAUCUUCAUCAAUGGAAACAUCAGCUUCGUCAUCAGCUUCACCAUCAGCUUCAUCACCAGCUUCAUCAAUUGAAAACUCCUCUUCAUCAUCGGCUUCAUCAUCAAUCGAUAUCCCAGAUGAACCAUCAUUAAUUGAUAUCCCAGAUGAAUCAUCAAUUGAAACCCCAGAUGCACCAUCAGCUUCAUCAUCAUCAAUUGAAACCCCAGCCACACCUAUUGAAAACUCAGCUGCAUCAUCAUCAAUGGAAAACCCAGCUGCAUCAUCAAUUGAAACCUCAGCUGCAUCAUCAGCUUCGUCACCAGCUUCAUCAUCAGCUUCAUCAUCAUCAACCAAAAGCUCAGCUGCAUCAUCAUCAAUUGAAAGCUCAGUUGCAUCAUCAUCAAUUGAUAUCCCAAAUGAAUCAUCAAUUGAAAACUCUUCUUCAUCAUCUACUUCAUCAUCAACCUUAUCAACAUCAGCUUCAUCAUCAACUGAAAUCUCAUCAGCUUCAUCAUCAAUCGAAACCCCCGAUUCAUCAUCAUCAAUUGAGAACUCAGCAUCAACCUCUUCAUCAUUUAAAGCCCCAUCUUCAUCAAUUGAAACCUCAGCUGCAUCAUCAGCUUCAUCAUCAAUCGAAAACCCAGCCUCAUCAUCAUCAAUUGAAAACCCAGCCUCACCAAUUGAAACAUCAGCUUCAUCAUUAUCAAUUGAAACAUCAGCUUCAUCAGCCCCAUCCUCAUCAUCGUCGAUCAAAAACUCAGCUGCAUCAUCAUCAUCAAUUGAAACAUCAGCUUCAUCCUCAUCAGUUGAUGCACCAACUGAGUCAUCUUCAUCAAAUGAAAAUUCAGCUGCAUCAUCAAUCGAAAAUUCAUCAAAUGAAAAACCAGCAAUUUCCUCGGGAGAUCUGUCAGAAACAUCAUCAGAAGCAUCAUCAGAAACAUCAUCAGAAACAUCAGAAACAUCAGAAAAAUCAUCAGAAACAUCAGAAACAUCAAAAUCAUCACAAACACCAGAAACAUCAGAAACAUCAGAAACACAAACAUCAUUAAGUGAAGAUUCGCGAUCGUUUGGAGAUAAAUCAUCAAGCUCUGUCCAAAGCAAAACAAAUAGCUCUUCAGAAAAUAACCUCAGUGCACAAUCACCAGCCUUUUCUUAA